CGGGAGCGGGCGGCCGGGCGGACGGACGGACGGACGGCGAUGUGGACGUCGCUCGGCACCGUCACGGAGUCCGCCGGCCGCAGGGCAGCCAGCUGCCGCUUCUGGGCUGUCGUCCUGGGAGCAGCGGCGGGGGUCUUUCUCCUCGGGUUUCUCAUCGGCUGGUUUGCAAAACCUACAGAAAAGACAUCUGUGAGUCCUCAUGAGGACAUGAAGGCGGCAUUUAUGGCUGAAAUGAAGGCUGAAAACAUCAAGCAGUUUCUUUACAAUUUUACACAGCUUCCUCACCUAGCAGGAACAAAGGAGAAUCUGAAUCUGGCACAGCAAGUCCAAGCUGAGUGGAAAGAGUUUGGUUUGGAUUCUGUUCAGUUGGUUCAUUAUGAUGUCUUGCUCUCUUACCCUGAUGACACUAAGCCCAACUACAUCUCAAUAAUUGAUGAGCAUGGAAAUGAGAUUUUCAACACAUCAUUAUCUGAGCCUCCUCCUCCAGGAUAUGAGGCUGUUAGAGAUGUGGUGCCACCCUACAGUGCGUUUUCAGCCCAAGGAAUACCUGAGGGUGAGUUAGUGUAUGUGAAUUAUGGCCGCAUUGAGGACUUCUUUAAGCUAGAACGUGAAAUGAAAAUUAACUGUACAGGAAAGAUUGUUAUUGCCAGAUAUGGGAAGAUCUUCAGAGGAAAUAAGGUGAAGAAUGCUGAAUUGGCAGGUGCCAAGGGAGUUAUUCUGUACUCUGACCCUGCUGACUACUGCGCCCCAGGAGUAGAUCCCUAUCCAAAUGGCUGGAACCUUCCAGGUGGAGGAGCCCAGCGUGGAAAUGUGUUAAACCUGAACGGAGCAGGGGAUCCUCUGACACCAGGUUAUCCUGCAAAAGAAUAUACCUACCGAUUAGACAAAGCCAGUGGUGUAGGUCUCCCGAAAAUUCCAGUUCAUCCCAUUGGCUAUCAUGAUGCUGAGUCAUUACUGCGCAAUAUGGGAGGAUAUGGACCACCACAUAGUAGCUGGAAAGGAAAUUUGAAUGUAUCUUACAACGUUGGUCCUGGUUUCACAACAAAUUAUUCUACAAGAAAGGUGAAAAUGCACAUUCAUAGCCACAAUGAAGUAAGAAGGAUUUACAAUGUGAUUGGUACCAUCAGAGGCGAAGUGGAACCAGACAGAUACAUCAUCCUGGGAGGCCACCGUGACUCAUGGGUGUUUGGUGGCAUUGAUCCUCAGAGUGGGGCAGCUGUGGUUCAUGAGAUUGUGAGGAGCUUUGGAAAACUGAAAAAGAAAGGAUGGAGGCCAAGGAGAACAGUGAUAUUUGCAAGCUGGGAUGCAGAGGAAUUUGGCUUGUUAGGAUCAACUGAGUGGGCUGAGGAAAAUGCCAAAGUUUUGCAAGCACGGGCAGUGGCUUACAUCAAUGCAGAUUCGUCCAUCGAAGGAAACUACACACUACGAGUGGAUUGCACACCACUGAUGUACAGACUGGUGUACAGUCUGACUAAAGAGAUACCAAGUCCUGAUGAGGGGUUUGAAGGAAAAUCUCUUUAUGAGAGCUGGUAUAAAAAAAAUCCAUCAAGAGAAUAUAAAGAGGUCCCCAGCAUAAAUAAACUGGGUUCUGGCAAUGACUUUGAAGUCUUUUUCCAACGUCUCGGCAUCGCUUCAGGCAGAGCACGUUACAGUAAAAAUUUGAAUGUAGAAAAAUAUAGCAGCUAUCCAGUUUACCACAGUGUCUAUGAAACAUAUGAAAUUGUGGAGAAGUUUUAUGAUCCCACUUUCAAGAAUCAUCUGACAGUAGCUCAGGUACGGGGAGGGCUGGUGUUUGAAUUGGCCAACUCCAUUGUGCUUCCUUUCGACUGUAGAGAUUAUGCAUCAGCUGUGAGCAACUAUGCUCACAUCAUCUAUAAUUUGUCAAGGAAUCAUGAAGAGGAACUGGCAACAUACAAUGUAUCCUUUGAUGCUCUCUUUUCAGCUGUGAAGAAUUUUUCGGAAGUUGCUGCUAGCUUUCAUGAGAGACUGCAACAAAUAGAUAUCAAUAACCAACUUGCUGUCAGAUCACUAAAUGAUCAGCUCAUGUUUCUAGAAAGGGCUUUCAUCGAUCCUCUUGGAUUACCUGGCAGGCCAUUCUAUAGACAUGUUGUCUUUGCUCCAAGCAGCCAUAACAAGUAUGCAGGAGAAUCAUUCCCAGGGAUCUAUGAUGCCAUGUUUGACAUUAAAAACAAAGCUGAUCAACACGAAGCCUGGGACGAAGUUAGGAGGCAGAUUUCCAUUGCAGCCUUCACUGUGCAGGCAGCAGCAGAAACACUGAAAGAAGUAGCAUAAAUAUCAACAACAUAAUCGUCAAUGAAGACUACAUAUGACAGCUUGCAGAAGCCUUAAAAACAGAGCAAUUAAAAACACUAGGAAGAUUAUUACAAAGAACACAAAAUCUAAAAAAAUCUUUUUCUUUGCAAAUAAUAUAGCCAAGAGGAAUGCAUUUAGCAAUGUUAACAAGGUAAUGUAUUCCAUUUGGAGAACUCAGGCUUUAGAUAUCUUGUGAAGUCAGAGUGAAAAAGGUUCAUGUUUUCUCUCAGCUUCAUAUUUUAAGAAUUCUAACCACUGGAUUUAUUUUCAGAGCUUUGAAUUUUUCUAGCUUGAUUAUUAUAGCAGUCUUCAUAGUGCAUCAGGAAACCAGUAGUCAUUUCAUGUUUCUAUCAGUUUCUAAUUUUGUUGUUGACUUUUUAUUAUUUACCUUAGAGUUGCAUAAUUAUACUCCAAGAUAGGCCUUUCAGCUCUCCUUUUACACAAAGAAUCACAUAUGAAGAUGGGAAGACUGUCACAUACCGUGUGCGGGAUGUAUAAUGAUCAUAACAAGUUUUGGGCAGCCAGCCCAGAAUACUCAUCCAUGACGUUCUUUUCACAUGCCGAGUCUUGCAGCUGUUUGCAAAUAAAAUUAAGCAAGAAGCCUUCUAGUCACCAGAGUAAAAACAAGGCAAUACAUCUUGUCAAACGUAUAAUCAUCCCACAAAACAUGUCAUUCGAGAUUAAGACCUUCUUUUAUUCUUUUAUCCAAAAUCUGCUAUGCCUUGUCAAUAUCAAGGUAUUUUUAAUAUGAAGACAAUUAGAAGCAAAGAAAAUUCAUCAUGUCCUUAGUUUGAAAGGAUACCAAAUUAUUACCAUCUUUGUAGAGUCCAUAUUUCUAAUUUUGGUGUGCAGCUUACUCUUAUGACAGACUGCUCAAAAGGCUACAAGGGGACAAGGGAGAUCAGACAGAGAAGACUCGGAAAAUCAGAUCCCUUCAUCUGACACUCUGCCGCUGGAGGAUUACUAACCCCUCGCACAGCAAAUAUUUUGUGUAAUUUGAUCUGCCAUUUUAGCUGAGGCCUCUACCAUGUCUUAGAAGACUGUCCCGUGAUUUGAUGGUUUUCAGUGUCAUGGUAGAUUUUUUUCUUUUCCAUAAGAACUCAUUUAUUCAUAAAUAUUAAUACUCUUCACAUUAAAAUCCUUUAGGCAAGUUACUAUAAUUAAGUCAUUUCUUUACAUAACUGUUGGUCUUUCUCAUAAAAUAAUACAGUUUGCCAGAUAAUGGGAAAUGCUCUUACACCCACAGUUAUUGCCCAGUUAUUUUCACAUUUUUAUGAAAGUGAUUGGAGUAAAACCACAGAGACAUGUCUUCCCCGAAAUCUAGUUCUGCUGAUGGGAGGCAUUGCUGUCUCUAACUGUUUUGUCGCUACUGGCUGCUCCACUGUUCCUUUUGCCAAUGGAGAAUUCAUUAUGACGGUCUAUAAUCCACCUCUGGCAAAAUUAGCCAGGUUAGUUUAGAUCAUCAGUUAGGUUAACCUAGAGGAUUUUGAAUGCAGCAAUCAAGGGAAUGAUAACACAAAUCCACAUGCAGAGGGGGGCAGCAAUAAACAGCUUCUGUUGACCAGGUGGAUACAAAAAGAGUAUUUUUCUAUUGCUAAGGAGGAUGGACUGAAGCACCAAACUCAGAAAUUGUGGAGAUCUUUCCCUAAAUGAUCUGUAAGCUUCCUCAGCAACUUUUUCUCUCAGCCCAGAAGACAUAAUUUUUUAAUCUCUGUCCAAACCAUAGCAUUGUUUCAUUUAAGUUUAAUUAGGGCCCUUUUUGGCAAUAGCUAGCAGAUAAUACACAAUGUCAGGGCCCAGGAUCUCACAAAAUAGAGACAGUUACACUCUUAAACUACAGCAACAUCCAUUUUUAAAAAAAAAAAUCUGUGGGCUGUCCCCUAACCACUGUGGGGAAUAGGAUACAGGAACAGAAGUUCUCUCUCUCCUACUGACUCUGCUCCCCAUCACAGAAAAAAUUCAAGGCUAACUGGUCCAGAGAGAGGAAGCACCCAUAAGGCUGCUUGUAACACGAUGGUUUACAUCAUGUUUUGGUAAGGUGGGAUUCAAACUGUCCAGUGCCAUCUCCCAGGUUUGGGUCUGCUUUGUGACCCAUCUUUGUUCAGUGCAAACCACAGCCUGUAGCAGCUGAAUUUUUAAAGCAAAUGGAACUUUGCUUGAUUUUGUAAGAGAAGAAUAUCUUUAGAUGGACUCAGUCCAGCUCUUUCCCCAAGCCCUAACCUAGUCUCUUAUCAGACAUUUGAGGUCGAAGACCCUAUGCUGAAGGCUAUUGGUGGGGGUGUUUCCCCACUCACUUGGCAUGAAGCUUUUCUGAUCUCCAUUCUGAGAAGCCUAAUACUUGGUGCUGACUCCUCUGGAGACAGCCACUGUGAUUCUUAUCCUUAGUUUACCCAGCAUCAACUUGGACGUUCCUGGCCCCACUGCAGAAAGCCACCACAAUGUACAAAUUUGUUACAACAAACUAGCACUCGUUCUGUUUUUCCUCAAUAUACUGGGCUGCAAUUUGUGCUUGUUCAACAGCUUCUUCAAGAGCUGCUAAGACACCUUUGCUUCUUUACCUGGGACUCGCUGAGAGAGGGGAAGACAGGUGGCAGGUCAUAAGCAUGAUAGGUAUUCCAUGGUAAGCUGUCUGCGCUUGUAAGUGUAUAUCUCAGACUCCUUCAUUUCUGUGAGGAAGGAAGCACAGGUGUCUAGUUUGGCAAGCCCUGAGUUAGAUGUGGCAGCAUCUAGUGUCUAGACACAUUAUGGCCCUUUCUGAAGUUCUUGAUCAGUUUUUAAAUUUAAAAUAAAGAUGCUUUUUAGCCUUCAAGAACUUAUGUGGAAAUUCUGAUAAGAACAUUCUUCUCCCUAAAUCAUGUCUUAUUGUCAGUCUUCUAUGCAGUCUAAAUAUAGCCACUGCAGCCUUCAGUUCCUCAAAGACUAUGCCAGGCAGAAGUUGCUGGUGUCAUUACUGGACAGCAAAGGGCAAAGCCUAUGUAGCUAAUUACUGAAACUACAUGAUUUGUAGCCAGCUGUCCAAGCCAUAUGUCAAAAUAUAUGCAUGGAUGCAUGUGCAACUGUCCAUUUCCUAUAUGUGUCACUAGGAUUAUGAAAGCAAAAAAGGAAAGAAUAGUUGUGUAUGCACUGAGAAAUGUCCUUUAACAUGACGCAUUUACUAGGAUGAUACAAAGAAGCAAGGGUCACAUUUCACAUUUAUGAACAAAAUAAGGCCAGUUGGCAUGUGCCAGCAAAUGAAGACAUCUAGUUCCUACCAGACAAGUGGGGAACAAUGGUUAAAUAAAUAAGUAAUAUGCGUUAAAAGCACUGUCUAUUAAUAUGUUCUUGCAAAUGUAGCUGCACUGAGAAACAUUUCCAGUCCAUUGAUUCUUAAAGCUCAAAAAAAUGUCUGAACCAGCCACAUGAGCGAGGAGGUGUAUGCUAUGAAGCAGCCUACUAAGGAAAGGCAGACAAUGAGAAGCCAGAUACAGGAAUAACUACUUUUUAAGCAUCUGUAUUUUUUGUUAGAACUUCCAGGGUAUCUCAGCGGCAUAGCUAUUAGCUAACUGAAGCCCUGAGUGUGAAAUCCUUUCCUAUACAAGAAGUCAAGAUAAGGUUUGUGUGCUAAUUCUCCUUCAGCAAAGUAGAACAUAAAACAACAUAAGUCUUUUUUUUCUAAACUUACGCAGUAAGUUGAAAUUCACUCUUAACACUGCCAAGUGCUGUUGACCAGAUUAGCUGUUUUGGCUCUCAAGCUUUGAUAUUAUUCCAUAGUAAUUGGCCAACAAAGGCUGUUGAAUUAAGUAGAAAAAUAAAAUUCAGGAACAAACCCCAAAA